AUGGCGCUUGUCGAGCUGCAUCGAAGCCAGGAACCCCUUUCACCGGGCCUUCCAUAUUCUCGCUGCAAUGAAGAUGCUCGCGAGUUUUCAACGGCUGUUCAGAUCGCUUGGGGUAUUGUGAUCAAUGCCUUCGAGCCAACUGAUCGUGUGCGAUUUGGACUUGUCUACCUUGAUACGUCAAACCAUAGUUCCAAGAACAAACUGAAUACCUGUACUUUGACGAUAGACCAGAAUUUGCCAGUAUCCCAAUGCCAACGGGAAAUAUCAAUUUGUCAAGAAUCCGGACUUGAACAAAUGGAUACAGUCAUUGUACAGAGUGCGGAGCCUGGAAUACCCUCGCUCCUGGACCUGAAAGCUCUGUCGCAGAAAGAGGAUGCUACGAAGAAUUUUCAAAUGCUGGUCCAGGUAGAGGCUGGGGGGUUAUCAACCUCAAUCUUGGCUGACACGACGAGGAGACUAUUCUCGGAAUGGAACCAGACCGAAAGCAUGGCGAGAACGCUCCGCCAUAUCCUACCACAGGUGAUCAAAAGACCCCACGCAUACCUAGGUGAACUGGACUUGAUUACGGAGAGCGAAAAGGCCUGUCUUCAUCGCUGGAACCUAGCCAUUCCUCCCUCGCCCAGAACUUGCGUUCACGAUGCUAUUGUUGAAAAUUGCGUGAACUACCCAGAUCGCCUUGCUGUCAGCGCCUGGGAUGGGGACUUAACCUACCAAGUCUUGUAUGGGCUUUCUACCAGUCUGGCAGUACAUUUACGGGCACUGGAUCUGCCUCCGGGGACGAUUAUACCUUUAUGUUUUGAAAAGUCCAAGUGGGCUAUCGUGGCGGUAUUGGGAACUCUUCGCAGUGGUGCAGCAUACGUCUUUGUUGACCCGGAUUCUCCUCAUGCUCGCAAAGCAUCCAUCUGCGAGGAUGUCAAUGCACAAGUGAUGCUUUGCUCUCCUGCACAGCUCUCCAAAGCCACGGAGCUAGCCCCGCAAGCUAUAGUGGUCGAGACGGUGGUUCAAGAUAUGCCCACAAAGACGGACAUUACACUCCCAGCAGUCAAAGUCGAAGACCCAGUGUAUGCUGUAUUCACGUCGGGCUCAACAGGGAGACCAAAAGGAGUCGUCAUCGAACAUGGCGGGUUUUUUCAGCGGGCAAUGGCUAAUGGGCCUGAACUCUCACUAUCAUGCGAAACGCGAAUACUGCAAUUUGCAAGUUUUGUCUUCGAUGUUGCCAAUCGUGAUAUCUUAUAUACCUUGCUCUUUGGGGGUUGCAUUUGCAUUCCGUCAGAGUCGCAGCGCUCGAAUGACCUCGCCGCUUUCAUCAAUCAAAAGGAGGUGAACUGGGUCAGCAUCACACCUUCGGUGGCUAAACUGCUGGAGCCAUCAGCUAUUCCUUCUCUCCGACAUAUGGUCUCCUGUGGAGAGCCCAUGACCUCCAGUAUGAUUGUUGAAUGGGCCGGCAGUCUCCAGCUGAUCAAUGCCUACGGACCCUCUGAGGCGACAACCAUCAGUUCCCUACAGACCAACUGCACAAUAAAGACCUGCCCUGCAAAUAUCGGUAAGGGCUCUGGCAGUGUGCUAUGGAUCGUUGAUCCCGCAGAUCACAACCGCCUAGCUCCCAUUGGAGCAGUUGGUGAGCUAGUGAUUGAGAGUCCUAGCGUGGGAAAGGGCUAUAUCAAUCGUCCCACAGAGACGAAGUCUUCGUUUCUGUCUACAACCAGCUGGCUUCCGCUAUUUCGCAGUGGACAAUCAGAUUUGCGUCUUUACAAAACCGGGGACCUGGUACAAUAUGAUAGCGACGGCAGCAUUCUAUUUCGAGGUCGCAAAGAUGCGCAGGUCAAGAUUCGGGGCCAGAGAGUGGACCUUGGCGAAAUCGAGCACUGGAUUCAGAAGUGCCUACCCCCUGACAAUGAGGUCAAGACAGUCGUGGAAUUCCUCAAACCCCUCGGACGUGAAACCGGCUUGUUAGUGGGGUUUCUUGCACCGAGUGGUGCCCCGAGCGGGAGUCUGCAGGCAAAUAUACCGUUCUUGGCCUCUGAAUUGAACAAGGGGUUGUCUCAGAAUCUUCCUGAGUAUAUGAUUCCAAGAGUCUAUUACCCUGUCGAAGAAAUCCCAAUGACGGCAACGGGGAAAACACAUCGAGAAAAAUUGCGGCAGAUUGGCGGAUCUUUGACAAUCGAAGAACUUAUGUCUCCACUUCAAAGCUCUACUACAUCUGGACCUCUUUCGGAAAGACUGAAGGAACCAGUCGGUCACAUUCUAUUAGGACUAUGGGCAUCGGCACUUGGGAUUAAAAGUUCUUCUAUCAGGUGCAACGACAGCUUCCUCGGCCUUGGAGGAGACUCGAUUAUGGCUAUUCGAGUGGCCACCCAAGCUCGUUCAGAGGGCAUUGAUCUGUCAGUUGCAGACAUGAUGGAGUUUACGAAGCUGGGUGAUUUACUGGACAUCAUCACGAAAAGACCGAAAAUAUGCCACACGGCCAUGAGUACCAAACCAUUCUCCCUUGUUGAUGUAGAGACAUCAUCACAAGUUGUGGCGAGUAACUAUGGCGAGAUCAUCGACAUUCUUCCAACGACAGAGGCACAGAACUUCUUCCUGACCCAGUGGACUGUCAGUUGCUACACUUGCAUAUUGCAGGGUGAGAUUGAUGUCGGUCGACUGCAGGCUGCCUGUAGGGCAGUAGUCUCAAGACAUGACAUUCUCCGUACUGUCUUUAUCAAAAAUGGCUCUCGCUUCUUGCAGCUGGUGACAAAGUCCUUUGAUCCGCCAUUUGAUCGGUAUAUGGCUGACACUCAUUUGGAAACUGCCUGUCCGCUCGCAGUCGAGAGGAUCAUUGCUGAGACGGGUCCCAUUUCAAGGCGACCGAUUGUUAGCUUCACGCUAAUCUCCGAGAGCUCUCAAAGGCAUGCUCUACUCGUACGGGUGUCUCAUGCUCAAUAUGAUGGCAACACAUCUCCCAUUCUCUUCCGGGAUGUCUCUACGGCGUACGACAGUGUCGAAAGUGAACCAUUCCUUCAGACAGCGACGCCAUUCAGUCGUUAUCUUUACGCUCGCUCUAUGGGACCAUCUCACAAGGCCUUUGAAUUCUGGCGAGAGAAUUUCCGAGGCGCCUCUAUGACUUUUCUCGACCCGUCCACGCUCAAUGGAGGCGAGUCGUCUUUUGAAGCCAGGAUUAUUGCGCCAGCCUCGGGCCCCCUUCCACUUUCGCUGCGUGAUCUCACCGUACCCACAUUGAUCAACGCGACAAUCAGUCUUCUUCUUUCAGAGCUAGUCCAGAAAGAAGAUGUUAUCUUUGGGACAGUCAUGGAUACGCGCACACUUGGCUUCCCAGGAAUAGAGACAACAUUGGGACCAUGCAUCAAUAUCAACCCGCUGCGUGCCCACGUCCAGCCACAGACCAUGACCUUCAGAGAACUCUGUCACUCCCUCCAGUCUCAAUAUGCCAAUAUUACAAGACACGCCUACUGCGAUCUGUCAGAUAUAGUUGCCAACUGCACUGAUUGGCAUCCGGAAACCAAGUUGGGCUGUAUGGUGAACCAUCUUCGCCCUGACGAGGGUCCUCCACCCCUCUCGCUGGACGGUCUACGCUGUACAACCUUCAAAAAGACCGCUUACAUCACCUUGUCUCACCAAGUUCUAUUCCGUUGUAUUACGGGCAAGGAGAGGUUGGAUAUCCAGGUGCUUACAUCUACUACGAUGAUGAACAGCGCUAUGGCUCAAUCACUUGCUGAAAGACUGGUCACUGGUGUCUGUAAACUUGCCAGCUCCCCUGAUGUCUCACUUGGAAGCCUUUCCAUCUGA